CUGAAAUCCCAGGCUCCGGGGAGUUCAGAAGAGCUGCGGUGUCUGCAGAUGCUCAACCAGCAGCCCGAGGGCUCCAGCCUGGAGGAGCUGAGCAGCAGCCAGACCUGCCUCAAGCUGGCCAGCACCAUCAAAGCCUACGUGGCCACGGUGACAGAGAACAUCCUCCGCAGGAGCGCGGUGAAGGAGGCCCGGAGGAGCUACUUCAACACCUCAGAGGGGCAGGUUCCUCCCAAAACAGCUGGGAAGCCCUCGGCACAUCUCACCCUCCGCCCUCAGAGCCUGACCCAGGAUGGAGCCUCGGAGCGCUUCGGGAACCUGUCUCAGUCGUGCCGCCACGCCAUCACCCGCUGGGAGCACAGCACCCUGCACUCCCACCUGCAGAACAUCACCUACCGCGACGGGCGGCUCCGGGUCCAGCAGCCGGGCAAGUACUACGUGUACUCCCAGAUCUAUUUCCGCUACCGCAGCGCCGGCGCCCAGGAGUCGGGCCCGCAGCUCGUGCAGUGCAUCCAGUGGCAGCCACCCCACAGCCAGCCCAUCCUGCUGCUCAAGGGCGUGGGCACCAAGUGCUGGGCACCCGAGGCGGACUACGGGCUGCACGCGCUCUACCAGGGCGGACUGUUCGAGCUCAAGGCCGGCGACGAGCUCUUCAUCUCCGUGUCCUCCUUGGCCAUCGACUACAACGACGCAGCUGCCAGUUACUUCGGGGCCUUCCGGCUCGACCUCUGACACCCCCUCUGCUCCCACCUGCCCGCUGAUGCUCCCACGUGGCCCCAGGACAGCGGCCCAAUGGAUAGGGGGUGGCACAGGGUCCUUCCCGGUGUGUCUUGUCCUUUGCGGUGAGGGACAAACCAAAGAGGGCACGAGGCGUGGCUGCCCGCAGGGACCUGCUCUGCUUGGGGCCACCAUCCAGGUGGGAGGAAGCCUGAGACCCUGGAAGGAUCCCCAAGGACCUACAGAGGACAUGCACGAUGGGAGACAUCCCAGCCCUGGUGGCACAUCAGCUCCCAGUGGCUCCCUGCAGCAGGAAGGGCACCAGGGCCACACCCGCCAUGGCAAGACACAGUGUCCCCGUGAUGGGGUGACCCUCCACGAGUCUGACCCCACCUCGGGCAGGGACAGCCCCAGCUGGGCUGUGGGUGCCAAGGACCCUGGGCUGGAGGUGCUGGGGCAGCAGCCAAGGUGAGCAGGGAGCAGCAGCACAGGGGGCACAGGGCUGGCACCCCCAGGCCACUGCCUGCAGGGAUGGGGCAGAUCCAGCGUCAGCCUCUGGAAAGGAGCAAAGGAGUUUCGGUUUGGGCAGAUCAGAAACCUGGGGCCACGCCAGUGAUGGGCUCCAGGGAGGGCAAAGAGCAGGACGGCCACGUCGGAGCAGUCGCCAGCCCCGGCACCACACCCGGCACGUGGCACUGGGGAGUGUGGUGCCCCAGCCAGGCUGCACAGGACCAGGAGCUCUCCAUCACUGCUGCCCAAGCACCUCUUCCCUUGGGGAUUUUGUCCCCCCCAGCCCUGAGGGACCAGCGCAGCCCCCGCUUCCUCACCCCUGGCAGUCCUUCAUCUGCAGGAUUCCAGCACCGGGUGAGCCCAGAGGUCAUGGCAGGACCUUGGAGGGACCAAACCCACCCCAGGUGAUGGAGGCCACCUCAGAGGCCAAAGAGGGGUUCAGGCAGGGCCCAGCCCAAGGCCCAGCCAGACCCCGGGGUGCCACAGUGAGUCCCCACCACGCCGUGGCUGGGCAGGGGCUGCUCCUGGCUCCUGCCAUUGCUCCCACAGCUUUCCAGGCCUGACCCCCCGCCCUCUGCAUCCUUGGCUGGGCCUGGGGGGCUGAGCCAGGUGGUUCCCACAUCCCUCCACACCCCCAGGUGCUGGGCAUUCCCACUCACCAGCCCCCAUCUCCUGCAGGCUCCUGCUCCAGGGGGGCUGACACAACCCUCCCAGGGGCACGGUGCCACCCUGGCACCCAGAGCCUCCAAAAACUCAUCCAAAGCCAGAGAGCGCAGAGAGCAUCCUCCUGCUGCCUCCAAGAGGGUCACAGGGCUGAUCCCCCCAUG